ACCUCCCGCCUGCCUUCCAUCUUUGAGGACACGUAUUACCAUUGUUAGAGCGGUCACUCGAUUAUCUUGGAAAUAUAAUAGAUACUCUUUAUUGUUUUGCAUUGUUUCCAGGGGGACAGAGUUUGUGGUUGGAUAGACAGGAAGUUGCAUGUUUCACAGAAGGAUGUAGCUAGCUAGCUAAAAGAUAAACCUUUAUAUUGAAAAAUAAAUGCGUCUAUGACUCUGUGGUGCGAAGACACCAGUGUUAUUUAUGUGUUGAGUUGAAAACCAACGCGUUGGAUCUGUUUGGUAACAUUACUCGUCGUCGGGAUCCAGAAAUCAGGUCUGUAGUAUUGGCUGACGGGCCGUGCAAACGGGGCUUGUGAAGGGAACCCACCGUGGUCGGCCGUAGUGCAUUGGCAGCCCUGCUAGCCCCCAGACAGCCCUGGUCAUGGGGCUGAUAGCGUACAUCAAGAGUCUGUUCAUCGUGCAGCUGCUCGUUGGAUUUGUGUUUGUGGUCAGCGGCCUCAUCAUCAACUUCAUUCAGCUCUGCACCUGCGUCCUAUGGCCCAUCGACAGGCAGCUCUACAGAAAGAUCAACACCCGCCUCUCCUACUCCCUCUGGAGCCAGCUGGUGAUGCUGCUGGAGUGGUGGUCGGGUACAGAAUGCACCAUAUUCGCAGACCAGGCCACGGUGGACAAAUUUGGCAAGGAGCACGUCAUCAUCAUCCUCAACCACAACUACGAGAUCGACUUCCUCUGUGGCUGGACCAUGUGUGAACGCUACGGCGUGCUUGGAGCUUCAAAGGUCUUGGCCAAGUACGAACUGCUGAAGGUGCCUCUGAUUGGCUGGACCUGGUACUUCCUCGAGAUUGUCUUCUGUAAGAGGAAGUGGGAGGAGGACAGAGACACUGUGUUCAAAGGUCUGGCCCAGCUAAAGGAUUACCCUGAGUUUAUGUGGUUCCUCUUGUACUGUGAAGGUACCCGUUUCACACCGAAGAAGCAUGAGAUCAGUAUGGAGGUAGCCGAGAGUAAAGGUCUGCCAAAACUCAAAUACCAUCUACUGCCCAGAACCAAAGGCUUCACCACAACACUGAGCUGUCUCAAAGGCACAGGUGGGACACACACGCACAGGCACCUGCACACACACAUUUACAGCAUCACACUCAUGUUCGCACUCUUUCCUUUCUCAGUAUCUGCUGUGUACGACGUGACACUAAAUUUCAGAGACAAGAAGGUCCCAACGUUGCACGGCAUCGUCAGUGGAAAGAAGUACAUGGCCGAUAUGAAUAUCAAGCGGUACCCAGUGGAGGAAAUCCCAGAGGACGAGAAGGAGUGUGCAACCUGGCUUCACAAGCUCUACCAGCAGAAGGAUGCACUGCAGGAGCACUACGAGAAGGAGGGCAGUUUCCCCGGUCCCACCAUCAAGCCCCCCCGUCGGCUGUGGACGCUGCUCAACUUCCUCUUCUGGGCCACCCUGCUUCUCACCCCCCUCCUCAACUUCGCCUGUGGGGUGUUUGUCAGCGGCUCUCCCCUCCUCAUCGUCGGCUUCCUGAUCUUCUGCAUCAUCGCCUCCAUAGCAGUGCGCCGCCUGAUCAGUGUGUCUGAGGUGAAUAAAACCGGCUCUACUUACGGCAAAAUGGAGGGCAAGAAGGAGAACUAGAACUCUUUACGGCAGUCACGCUACGGCCCCUCUACUGUCGACCGCUCGGUCGUUGCGGUCCCCGCACAGAUGCACCCUGUGCAGCCUCCCUCCUGCAAAAAUAUGUUAAAACACAGUGUGUGUGUGGGGGGGGGGGGAUAUAACUGAAUAGACUUUUUAGACGUAAGUUAAAAUAUUGAUUAUGAUUGUGAAAAAAUUUGAAAUGGAAUUCUUGCAGUUGACUCGCUGUGAAUGCAUCCUUCCAGUGAGAGGGGGGUAACAGACAGCAGGACUGAAUGGUAGAUACCAGGGGGUGUAUCUCUUUAACACCCAACGCUCCCUGCACCGCAGCUCGUGGUCCCCCCCAUCGGUGUCGGUCUCCUCUGCACAGCCUUGUGGUUUCACCUCAUCCACAUGCGGCAGAAUUUUCAUGGUUCAGCGGUACCACUUCCUCCAACAUGCACCCCACUUCCUGCCACAUUAGCCCACCCUAAAGAAGUUUUCUCCACCUAUCAAAUAUCCAAAUUUUCUGCUUCAGUAUCUCUGACUGGGCCAGCCCAAUACCAGUCAGAUGUCCCUCUGUAGUUUCAGCAAGGGGCUCUACUGUCUGGAGAAGACAGAUUCCCCAGCAUGCUUUAGCUCCUGACCCUUACCCCCAUGAAGGUUGGGUGUGGAGGUGAAGGAAUCUUAACGCCUCUGAGCACACAUCCUGUUAUUUGUUUGUCCGUCUCCUCAUGAAACUUGUGCAGAAUUCUGACACAAAUGAGAUUGAGCAUGCUGCUACUCCUCCCGUCCUUCCCAGAAAAGCACAGACGUGACGGCCAACCUCGCACCAAUGAAAUGCAGUAUUUAAUGUUAAUAUAAAGCCAGGUUUGGGCCUGAGUUGAUUUCCAAAUUGCUUGUAGAUCCCAGAAAUACUGAUUGUUAUAAACCAAUAAAACAUUUAUCGUUUGGUUGCCAAUGAAUAUACAAAAGUGAUUGAAUGAUAGGAUUUCAUUUCUUUCCCUACAGUACUCUGGCGGGAAUUCUUCAAAGGGUUUUGAAGAGUGCUUUUUGUCAAUGGUGGAUCAACAUCUGAUCUAAUACAAAUUAAUUGUAAAAUAGUUAGGCCUACCAUCCCACCAGACCCUGGUCCCCUGUCUAUUUGACCCCUUAGUGUAUGCAAUAUAAAAUCCAUAACCACAGUUUGAAUGCCUUUAGGCCCAAUAUAAGGUGACACAAAGCUAGUAUAGGAGUCGUCCAGUGACCAAGAGCUGAGGACUCGUCUGAGGAUGACAUCACUAACACUGGCUGUCCCUGCCAUCCAACUCGGCUGCCAGCAGAAUAGAUUUAUGCUUUUACCAAGAGCAGGUGAAGUGGCCCACAGGCCAUUUGCGGAGUGGAUUUGUCAUAUCCAUAAUUGGAUUUUCCAGCAUUUUUUAAAGAAAAAUAAGCAUAAUACUUAAUGCAUGGCCAGUUAUUGGCAUUCUAAAAUGCUAUGCCUCUCCCACCCCCUGAAAUUAGCCCAAUAACAUUUAUUAAAAAGUAGGCCUACGUGACCCAUAUUAUCAGAUAGGUGUUAUUUAAGUAAUACGACUGAUCACCUACAGUGUAUAAAACUGAUGAAGCAUAGUGGCUAUAUAUAGAUGGCUGAAGCAUGGGGUUAACCAUUUGCAUUAAUGCCCCACUGGUCCAGAUUAGAUCAGACUAGAUCAUCUUUUUGCUAGUUAGGCAGGUAUUGAUGAGCCCAGUAUGGGGCAGUUGGACAGUGUAGGAAGCAGAGCUGUUAGCAGCAGACAGGUGCUGCUGAUACUACUGCUUCAUCUGCUGUUGCUGCUGCUCCUACUGCUAUUGCUGCUUCGUCUGCUGCUGUUGCUGCUGCUCCUGCUGCUGCUUGGUUCUUCAGCAGAGUCAAAAGAACCAACCGAUGGAGCUGCUGGUCCAUGAUCAGCCACAGCAGGCUAGACAGAAGCCCAGGGUGGAGUUGGGCUUGGGCAUGGGAAGCCACAUGGGUACGCUGGGUGGUGGGCAAUUGUAUUUGCCUCUGGGUCCGUUCAUCAUGCCAGAGUGGUUGGUGGAAAGGGGCUCCAUGUGUUACGUGGAUAAGCCGGGAACCAGGCGACAGAGGUUUGGUGCCAGGUUGGACUUGCUCGGCACGGGCACCAGAUGGCAGAUGGGUUCCAUGCCAACGCUGCUUCCGAAGGCCUCUCACCACUUCUUCCAAUUCUGACAGCCUGGGGCAAUGUCUAAACAGUGUGUUCUGAUUAGCUCAGAGUACGAGAGCAUGGUGUUAACAACACUAAAAACUGUUGCCAACCUCUAGUUUUCAGAGGGUAAUGUUUGACAAGGGUCUCUAAGUAAAUCAAAUGAUUAAAAGGCAAAUUAAC